AUGCAGAUCGUUAUCGUACAGUAUGAUCCACAAUUUGGAUUAAUGGAGCGGAAUAUGAAGCAUGUGGAUGAAAUGGUUGCAUCGCUUUCAGCCAACGAUCAAAUUGAUGUGUUGAUGCUGUCGGAGAUGGCGUUCACGGGUUACGUGUUUACCUCCAAAGCUCGAGUGGCUCAAGUGGCAGAGAUUGCGGGUGAAGGACAGACUUUUCACUGGUGCCAGCGCCAUGCACGUCGGUUGCACUGCAUGGUAACAUGUGGAUACGUUGAGAAAGAAGGCGAUCUGCUGUACAACUCGAUGCUGGUUGUUAGUCCUGACGGCGAACUCGCAUGCAAUCCGCGAAAGACGUUCUUGUAUGAGACCGAUAAGUUGUGGGCUACACCGGGGAAAGGGUUUUGCACGUGGCACUGCCCAUGGCUUGACAAGACGAUAUCAUUUGGGAUCUGCAUGGACAUCAAUCCAGACGACUUCAAAGCUCCGUUCUUAGCCUACGAGUUUGGCUCACACGUGGCUGAAAAACAAAGUGACUUGGUGCUAUUCGCUUGUGCCUGGAAUGACUUGGAAGCUCAUGACUUUGAGCCGUACUCGACACUGUCUUACUGGGUGCAACGGCUAUCCCCGGUCAUUGAUGCACUAGCAAAAGCCGAAUACAGCAAACGGAACUGUCAUUUUCUGUGCGCGAAUCGAAUUGGUACUGAAAAUGGAACAUUUUUCGUUGGAGCAAGCUGUGUUGCUUCCCUCAAAGAACCCGCUGUGAUUGCACACGCUGGACGUCGCACAGAGGAAUUACUGCGUGUUGAGAUUCCCGAUGAAGAUAAAAAUGUUGGAAAGAUAAAUACGAAAGAGUUGCUUACGUAG